AUGGGCGCUUCAUCGAGUCUUCAGCAGGAGUGCUCGGCGGUCCCGAGCACGGACAAUGAAAUAAAGAUAUUUCGUCAGAUGAGAGCGGAGUACUUUCGCCUGUCCGAGAAGGGGCUGGGUGACGCCGAGCUGCUUGGCAAGCUGCGAGAGUCGUAUCAAGUCAUGGUCAACCGCACAGACCCUCUCCAGAAGCACAGAGGGGACAAGGUUGCCAAGAAAUGGGACUGUCCCAAGGUCAGGUUCGGAAAGACGGAGCUCAAGAUGCCGAUCAUCACGUGCGGCGGGAUGCGGCAGCAGCUUACGUGGAAGCCUCAAGAGACCACGACGAGCAACACCGACAUCCCUAAAGAGUGCGAGGACAAUUUCCAAGCUAUCGUUGACAGGGCGUUGGAGCUGGGUAUCAACCACUUCGAGACCGCGCAGAUGUACGGCACUAGCGAGAUCCAGUUCGGGCAAGCCCUCAAGAAGCACGACAGGUCCUCAUUCAUCCUACAGAGCAAGGCCGCUGCCAAAGAGGACGUGGCGGCUUUCCGCAAGGGCCUGGAGCUGUCCUUCGAGAAACUGCAGGUGGAGUACAUGGACAUUUUCUCGUUCCACGGCAUCAACUCCCUCGAGCAGCUGGACUGGACACUGAGGGAGGGCGGCUGCAUGGAAGUGGUGGAAGAGUUCAGAGCCAAAGGCAAGAUCCGCUGGGUUGGCUUCAGCACUCACGCCCACGCCGAUGUGAUCAAGGCAACCAUUUCCUCCAAGAAGUUCGACUGCAUGAACAUCCAUUACCACUUCGUGGGGUCAUACCAUGCUUCAGGCACCAACCAGACGGAGGGCGAGAGUGACGGAAAUAGGGAGAACGUGGAACUGGCGCACUCGCUCGACAUGGGCGUGUUCUGCAUAUCUCCCAGUGACAAGGGCGGCAUGAUGUACAAGCCUUCCAAGGUGCUCGCCGACGCGUGCGCGGAGUCUGGCAUAACUCCGAUCGAGUUCCACAGCCUCUGGCAGUGGACGCAGCAGCCGAUCGCCCACACGUUCACCGUGGGUGUGGCUAGACCUUCGGACUUCGACGAGCACGUGGCUGCCGCUUCCAUGUUCCACCGCGCUGAUGAGCUGGUCCUACCGGUGCAGAAAGCCCUGAGGGGUUUGAUGGUUGAGAAGCUCGGAGCGGAGUGGAUGUCGAACUGGUGGCAUGGCCUUCCGGGAUGCUACGACACGCCCACGGGCGUGUUCGUGCCGCACAUCGUGUGGAUGUGGAAUGUGGUGACAGCCUGGGGGAUGUACGACUUCGCUAGGGCCAGGUACGCCACUUUGGAGUCGAACUUGAAAAAGCACAAGCCUGAGCUAACUGACGAGGAGAACGUGAACGCGUUCAACCGUUUCACGCCGGGAUACCCGUACCGACCCGACAUCGACAUGGAGGAGCACAUCCCGGACUCUUGCCCCAACAAGGCGAAGGUGCUGGAGAUCUUGAAGGAGAUUCACGAGUGGCUGUGCAAGGAGAACGAGGCCGAAGUGCGCCAGACGCUGGAGCAGCGAGGGUGGUUGCCAGCGUUCGAUUUGCAGCCGAACGUUCCCUUCCCAGAGCGAAAUCCAUCCAGCUAAACUACAAGCGGAGCAG